AUGGCGAAAGCAUUGAGUAAUUUGAAUAGUGGAUUUAGACGGUCACAUUGGAGGAAUAUAUGUAAGAGAUCGUCUGGAUUUCCACAGAAUGGACAGUUAUUGCUGUCACGAUAUUUACAUGAUAAAACUCGAAAAUCUAAGAAAUCAAAAAUAGAUGAGCCACAAUGGGAAGAAGAUGACUCUUCUCUUGGACCUGAAGGUGCAACAAGUGAUCUGCCAGGUGCUGCUUCAAGAGGAGUCACUGAAGAUAAAGUAUUAGAAGAUGAAUUUGGUGCCAAAGACUACAGAGAUCAGAUGAAAUUAAAGACAGAUCACAGUUCACGACCUCUAUGGCUGGCACCCAAUGGUUAUAUAUUCCUGGAGUCUUUUUCUCCGGUUUAUAAACAUGCUCGUGAUUUCCUUAUUGCUAUAGCAGAACCAGUGUGCAGACCAAGAAAUAUACAUGAAUACAGAUUGACUGCCUACUCAUUAUAUGCUGCUGUAUCUGUGGGUCUACAAACUAAUGAUAUUAUUGAAUAUCUGAGAAGACUCAGCAAAACAUCUUUACCAGAUGGAAUUAUUGAAUUUAUUAGACUGUGCACACUAAGUUAUGGGAAGCUUAAACUGGUGCUGAAACAUAACAGAUACUUUGUGGAAAGCAGGCAUCCUGACGUUAUCCAGAAAUUAUUAAAAGAUCACGUCAUACAAGAAUGUAGACUGAGAAGAGAUAUAAAUGAUCCAGACCAACCAGAAGCUGAGGGUGAUGACUUGAUUGUAUCUAAGAUAUCAAGUAAAUCUGCAUUGCAGUUGAAUCAGCCGUCCACAUCCUCUACAGAGACCGACUUGCCAGCCAAUGCUGAACCACAAAAUGGUAACCAGACCAAUAUUCCAAAAGAUAUCUUUGAUUUUUAUGACAAAAUUGAUGAAGAGGAAGAAGAGAAGGAAGAUUUACAAACUGUAUCUUUUGAAGUUAAACAGGAUUUAAUUGAAACUAUACAAAAACGCUGUAUAGAACUGGAGUACCCAUUGUUAGCAGAAUAUGAUUUCAGAAAUGAUACUGUAAAUCCAGAUCUCAACAUUGAUUUGAAACCAAUGACUGUACUGAGACCAUAUCAAGAGAAAAGUUUGCGUAAGAUGUUUGGAAAUGGCAGAGCUAGAUCAGGUGUUAUUGUUCUACCAUGUGGUGCUGGUAAAACUCUUGUUGGAGUGACAGCAGCAUGUACAGUUAGAAAACGAUGUAUGGUACUAUGCACAUCAGGUGUCUCAGUGGAGCAAUGGAAAUCACAGUUUAAAUUAUGGUCGACAUCAGAUGAUAGCAUGAUAUGUAGAUUUACAUCAGAAGCCAAAGACAAACCAAUGGGUUGCAGUGUACUCAUUACCACAUAUUCCAUGAUGGGACAUUCCACUAAAAGAUCCUGGGAAGCUGAGAAAGUAAUGGAAUGGAUACAUCAUCAAGAAUGGGGACUCAUGCUUUUAGAUGAGGUACACACAAUACCAGCCAGGCAGUUCAGACGAGUGCUGACAUCAGUGCAGGCUCAUUGCAAACUAGGACUCACAGCGACACUCGUCAGAGAAGAUGAUAAAAUAGCCGAUCUGAACUUCCUUAUCGGGCCCAAAUUAUACGAGGCUAAUUGGUUGGAAUUGCAGGAUUUGGGUUUCAUCGCCAAAGUACAGUGUGCCGAGGUGUGGUGUCCAAUGACGCCAGAGUUUUACAGAGAAUAUCUACAUAUCCAGUCAAGGAAGAGGAUAUUACUGUAUGUGAUGAAUCCCAACAAAUUCAGAGCAUGUGAGUUCCUUGUGAAAUACCAUGAACAAAGAAAUGAUAAAGUCAUUGUGUUUUCAGACAAUGUAUUUGCUUUAAAACAUUAUGCUGUUGCCAUGGGGAAGCCUUAUAUUUAUGGUCCCACUACUCAGGGAGAAAGAAUGCAGAUUUUACAGAAUUUUAAACACAACCCAGCCGUUAAUACAAUAUUUAUUUCCAAGGUUGGCGAUACAUCGUUUGAUUUACCUGAGGCAAACGUUUUGAUCCAAGUGUCAUCACAUGGUGGCUCCAGAAGACAAGAAGCUCAAAGACUGGGAAGAAUCUUACGAGCAAAGAAAGGCUCUGCUGCUGAAGAAUACAAUGCAUUUUUCUAUACAUUGGUAUCUCAAGAUACUCAGGAAAUGUACUAUUCUAUAAAAAGACAAAGAUUUCUUGUGAAUCAGGGAUACAGUUUUAAAGUUAUAACAAAACUAGCCGGUAUGGAUGAGGAUCAUUUACAUUAUUCUACCAAACAUGAACAACAAAGAUUAUUACAGCAGGUGUUAGCAGCUAGUGAUGCGGACGCUGAUGAGGAGAGAGUUGUAGGAGAGCUUAACGCCAAAGGUUCACAGGUUGUACGUCGUGUUGGCAGCAUGAGUUCAAUGUCAGGUGCAGAUGACCAGGUCUACAUGGAAUUCCAAUCUAAAUCAAAGUUGAAAAGCAGUCAUCCACUCUUCAAAAAAUUCAGAAAAUAG